GAGGAGCGCUAUCGAGGCCCAGAUGGAUGCCAUCAUUUCGCGCCUUUGUCAGCCUGGAGGUCCUGGACUCUCUGGAAAUCUCGUCGACUCUGAGGUGAUUGCAAUGCCUUCUUUUCCCUCGACUUCCAUGAACGAAUCAAAUUUAUUGCAGUUCCUCUAGUUGAUUAGGUUUUGUUUCGAAAACUCCGUAGUGGAAAUUUUCGGUUCGGCUAGUGUUGUCAUGCUCGAUUACAACGCUUUCUUUUGAGGUUCUGUGGAGUAGCUAAAAACUAACGAGCACAAUUAGAGUUUGUUUUUAAUUCCUUUGCUGAGUUGUACUUGGAAAGUUGUUUCGAAGACUUGUUCAUGCUCGAUGGAAAAUUUAUUGGAUAUUGAUCUUGAAAAGCUUUGGUAAGACCAUGAACGGGGUUGGAAUUUGUUUGGAUUGUAAAAAUUCAAACAAUGCUUGUUUUUCUGUGGAAUUGAUAGUAGUUUCGGGGUUUCCUCGUUCGGACAUUGACAUUCCAGUUAUUAGGUCCGAGCGUCGUCAGCUGACUGAGCUGAGAAAUGACCAUACGGAGAUCACUGAAAAGAUUAAUCAGAACAUACAAAUUUUGCAUUCUGCAAAGCCUGCUUCGAGCUUGGCACUCUCUAAGGAUGCAGGGAAUACAGAGGUUUCAAAUGGCCAAAGGUCAUCUGUCACAACUGUUGCAGUACCAUCCUCAAAUGUAUCGUCCACUGCAAUGGACAUAGAUGCAAAUGGAGGUAUACCUUUUGCACUGGUUGACGAAAUAGCCGAUGCAUCGCCAGCAGCAGAUGAUGGAUUACAACUAGGCGAUCAAGUUCUUAAAUUUGGGAAUGUAGAAGGCGGUGAUGUUCUGUUGCAUAGGCUUGCCUCUGAAGCACAGAGUAAUCAAGGUCGUCCAAUACCUGUUGUGGUUACGAGGCAUGGUACUCCAGUCAAUUUAACCGUGACACCCAGAUCAUGGCAUGGCCGGGGUCUCCUUGGAUGCCAUUUUCGGAUGUUGUAGCUGGCUCUAACCACAAUUUCAACCUGUCCCUGGUGGCUGUUGAUAAAAACAGUAACCAUUUCUGCUCAACUCUCAUGUUCUACACUCAAUCUACUGGUUUAAUUCUAGGUUCCACGUGUUUGACUGGUUUUAUAAUCCAAUUAUUGCCCACACUGCCCUUUUUUUUUUUUGUCAUUUUGCAUAGAUUUUCUGUAAAUUGAAACAAUAGGAUAAGUUGCAGUUUUAUGCUAUUUUAGUGGUGUACUUCUUAUGAUGUCAAUCUUUACUGUUUCUUGUUGCUUUGUGUGUAAAGUUACUUCAGAAGACAUGAUACUUUUCUUGAGAACAUCAUUUUGUUAAUGGAAUCAAAGGACUUUUAGCUUACUA